AUGAAUCAAUACGGACCUCCAUCUAAUGGUACAGCAUUUCCACGCAAUGGUCCACCACCAUUUCGAGGUCCACCACAAGCUUUUCCACGUGGUGGUCCACCUCUUUUUCGUCCACCCCUUGCAGCUCGAGGAUUACCGCCGAUUUUUGCGUUUCGAGGACCUCCACCGGCUUUCCAGGGACGUGGAAUAUCUCCUAUUCAAGGUUCAUUACCUCCUGGAAUUGCUCAACCACCUCACGGACUUUAUAUUCCACCAUCUAGGAUGACGACACCAGGAUUACAAGCUCCACCAUCACCUGCUACUUCUGUUGGACCUCGAGGAUGGAACGAGUUUCGACCAGGUCAAGGAGCUCCGUAUUAUUAUAAUACUGCUGUGAUGGAGAGCAAUUCAUCUAAAUGGCUGGAAUAUAAAGACGAAGCAACGGGUGCUUUGUACUAUUUCAAUACAGUGACAAAGGAGACAGUGUGGGAUCAACCGGAAGAAUUCCGGAUGCAAAAGGCAAGGGAACAAGUAGCCAAGAUGACAAGUGAGACACUCCACACGACGUCAUUUCCGAUGACGACGCAGGUACAAACUUCAGUCCAAUCGAUGCAGGAUUCUGAACAGGAAAAGAGUCGUGCACUGACAGAAAAAGAAGAGGAGGAGAAUCAAGAGGACAUGAAACGACAGGAAAUACAAGACAAAGCUCGCAAGAAACGGAAAGAGGAGCAGGAGCGGGAACAGGCUGCAACUUUCGAAAAGAUGCUCGUGGCUGAACGUUUGGCUGCAUUCAAGCAGUUUCUGGAGGAUAAACAGAUCACGCCGACGCUCAAGUGGGGUGACGCACAGCGUUUGAUUGGAAAGGACUCGUCAAUGCACAGUGAUCCUCGCUGGAAGUUUGCAUUGAAUACUGUGGGUGAAAAGAAGCAGGCGUUUGCAGAGUAUUGCACGCAAGCAAAGAAUCGUGCAACUAUUGAGAAACGUCGAUUAGUUAAAAAGACACGGGAGCAGUUUACCGAGCUGCUGGGGCUGUUUGAAUCCACCUUGGCUCCUCCUUCACGGCGUCGGCAGGUUUCGUGGGAGGAACUUGCAGCGAGCAAUAAUUUUUAUUCCUUGCGGAACGACCCACGAUGGUCUGCUGUUGAAGAGAUCCGAGAGCGGCAACAGCUUUUUGCCACAUUUAUGCAGGAUCUGGAGCGCAACCAGAAAGCUCGUCUUGCAAAGCAGCGUGAUGCAAUGCACAGGGCCUUUACGGAGCUAUUGCGGCAGCGUGUUGACUCGAAACAACUGGAGUUUGGUAGCAGUCGCUCCAGCAAGCGGCUUGAUGCCGACACUAAGUGUCGUGUUCUGGAUUUGCUAAGGGAGGUCGAACUUCCGGAUGGUGGUGGCAAAGUUGGCGAUGAUGCGCUCCGAAUUGUUGAUCGGCAUGAUGUGUAUAACUGGGCAGAAGAAUUCUUGCACGAACGUCGCGAGCUAGAGCACGCAAAGCGCAAGCGGGAGCGUGUGGACCGUGUGGAGCGUCAAGAGAAGAUGAGUCGUGAGCUGAAUGAGCGAUUUAAGGAUUUUGUAGUUGUGCAGAAAUUGACAGCUGGAAGCACGUGGGAGGAGUUUUCGACGGAGCAUCUAAGACAGACUAAUGAGGAACCGGCCAUAGAAUCGAAGAGCGAAGUGGAUGGUGGUACUGAAGCAGGCGGAGACGACGAAGGAAAUGAAGAUGGGGAUGACAAACACUUGUUGCACUGGAAAGAACAACGUCAUCUUUUUGAGAAAUACACUCGACGACUUCGUCGGAACCUAGAGCCCGUCGCCUCGGUGCUUCGCAAGUACUUGGAUCGUAGAGGCGAUCCGCCAUUACGCGUGACUGAAACCACGUCGUACGCAGUAUUUAUCGAUGCGCUCAAGAAUGGUGUAAGCAUCGCACUGGAUAACAAUGCACCGGAAGAGGGUGAAGAGAAGGUGAUCGAGAAGUCUAACGACGUCAUAACGGGUACUUUAGAGGAUCAUGACGAUGGUUCAGCUACAGGGGAAACCGAAGAGGUUAAAAAGUUGAAUCCUGACGAAGUUGAUGCAGCUCUCGAGAGUGCAGUCAACAAACAUCGAGAAAUGAACGACAACGAUGCGACAGUAGAGUUUCCUGUGUUCGUACGUCAGGUGUACGAAAUGUGGGUUGCUUUAGCUAAAGAAGAUGGCAUGAGAGAAAAGGAAAAGAAGCUCAAGCAUCGCAAGCGAAGUCGCAAAGAAAGUCGUAAUGUGACUAACGAGGACGACGACGGUGACGAAGAUCGACCUUGUCGUGUACGCCGUCGCUCGUCUGCGUUGGAGGAAGUGGAGGACGACGAGAAUACUAAGAAGCGUCGGAGCCAUCGUUCGUCUAGGAAACGACACCGUAGCCACGGCUCACCGUCUGUCUCGCGUUCCAGGUCUCGAUCUCGUUCGGUAUCUCGACGCGAUUCGUCAAGUUAUAGACGCAGUCGCAAUCGAUCUCGCGACUGUGAAGGUGCAUUGCCCCCCGGCUUAGCUGCUGUCAGCCUCAAACCUAUCGUUGGUACCAUGACAGCACGUCAAAAAAUACCAUUCAAGUCAUUGUCUGAAGCAGAAGAAGCAGCGAAAGCCGAAGAGAUUAUUCGUCAAGCGCGAUUAAAAUUGCAAGCAAAAAUUACGACGACGACUACGAACGACAGCGAGCUUGAGGACGGCGAGGAACUUGAAGAAGGCGAGGAAGGGGAAGAAUAG